AAUAUUGGCUGAGUUCAAUGCAAGUAUCACCGCCCCCUAAUCAUGUGAGAAGAAAGAUUUAAAAGGUCUUUUUGCCCGAAACUUUCCAAUCUCUCUGUAAGAUCGCAGGGGCUCAAGUCUUACUGUUGGGGCAGCAGACAUCACUUGCCAUCUGCAUGCUGCAGACCUUUAUGAGCCUGAAUUCACAGUUUCGCGACCGUAGGUAGCCUACAUCAGCGUUUUACUUAAAAUACAUAUAUAAAAAGUGGUUCAAGAAAUAUGUUCAGGAAGCAUAAAAGCAAAGUGUUGAUAGACUAUGCAUCGGAAGACGACGACAUGUUGUGCAGUCACCGGCGCACUUUUAAGUAUAAAGAUCCAGAUGUUAAGGAGGAAAUCGCAAGUUCCGGGUCAAAGCAGAUCAAAAGUAAAAAAUCAAAAUCCAAGAGAGAGAAAAACAAGAAAGCUCUGUUUAAAGAUGAAGACGAGCGCACUCUCCUGACAGCUGCUUCAGAAAAUGGAAAGGGGUCCAGCAAAAAGCACAAGGAUAGGGAAAGAAAGAAAAGCUAUAUCGAAAGGGGUCACUGCCUCUGGGACAGUAUUACCAUGUCGAUGAGGCAGAUCACACCCGCCAAGAGGGUGGGCAAGACGGAGAGCUGGGAAGCAGCACAUCCCAGCGAGGUGACCGGCACUGUGGGCGAUGGCAAUGUUGAUGCCACGCUACAGCUGGACAGGUGUUCCUCCUGGACUGGUGCGGAGGAGGACUCCUCAAGGUACACCAACCUGAUAGAAUCCAAAAUCCCCAGCAUCCAGUGGACAGCCAGGGCCAAGGGAAGGUUGGCCGUAAUUAGGAGGCGGAGCCGAGAGGGUGUUUCUGAAAGGUGGGAGGGGCUAAAAUAGAAUCAUACUUGGAUGGGUGCUGCUAUUGGUUUUUAAAAUUUGUACAUAUUUAUUUUAAAUUUUGUAACAGUGCUAGGUAUCUUUGGACUUUAAAAUGUUGAAAUAGUUUAACAUUGUAAGGCAGCCUAAGUAAGGAGGAACAAAAAUCAAGAAAUAUUUUUGGGAAAUACUAAUUACAGCCCUUGUCAAACAUUCAUUUUGUGAGAACGCUAAAAUCAAAACUAUACCUUUCAUAUUUAAAGAAUCAGAAUGAAAGAAAUUUGAAUACUGGUAUUGUUGGUUUUGUUUAUUUGUAAUUUCCUUUACUCCAGGACAGUAUUAAUGAUUAUUAAUGUGUCCUGUAUUGUAUGGACUGUGAUGUAGAAUCUAGAUGGCAAAGCUGCACCAACUAGUGCUCAAUAGGUAAUAACUCUUGCAGCUUGUCAGUCUCAUAGGAUCACUGACACUGAUUUGAAGCAUUUGUUUUUCCUGGCUUACGAUGCAUAGAUCAGGAACCUUUAUGUAACCUAAAGAACUACUCUAUGUAAUUGUUUUCUUUCUUAGAACAUAUGAAAAAGGUUUAAUAAUGAUUAUUAAGAAUAGUAUAAUGGCUAAAACGUUAAUGCAUAAAGAAUUACAUUUCCCUGGUGACUCCAAGCUAAAUUUAAGUAGAGAAAGGACUGACCAGACAACUUUUUUGGUUUAUUUAUUUGCAUUAUGGUUCUAUAAAGUUUGUUCAGUCAAUUUAACAGUGGGAAUAUAACUAUUACAUCCAUGCCAUUUAAAGUUUUUAAUCUUUGAAUAUUGCACAACAAAUUAAUUCUUUUAAUGUGUAGAAAAAUAGAACAUUUUAAUUGGAUUUACUAGACGUAGAUUUACUACUUGAACAACACGGCAUUGUAUGGUUAACUUAAAACAUUUUUGUCCUACUGCAGGAAAAGCAUUCUGGAAUACUUGAAUUCCACAGUGAUUAAUUACCCCUUUAAGAAAUCCUUUACAGUGUACUUAAAAUAUUUCUUAGGCUUCUAUUCAGCCGUAAUCCCCAGCAUUAUAGAGUAAGAUCAUAACACUGGUCAAGUUAAGAAGAUUUAUGUAACCUAAAUUCCACUCAGUGUUCAGCACACUUGUUUCACUGUACAAUGGCUGACCUACUCAUUUUUAAAUGAUCAACAUGUUCAUGUAUUAGCAAACACCAGUAUUCCUCUCCAAGGCUGAGCUGUCAUGACUGAUAAAUGCACAUUCAAAUUUGACAAAUAAUCUGUUUCAAAAGUGUUUUAUUGCAAAACAAUUUGAUUAUGAAAGAAUACUAAAAUAUUGCUGUAAUUUCAUAAAUACAUCUAAAAUGCAUCAGACACAUUAAAACAUGAUC